UAUAUUAAUUGAGAGAAGGGUAGCCAUCAAUCAUCAAUCCAUCGCAAAACUGGAAGUCCGUUGCCCGUCACAACCGCAUUUCGUCAUUUUAAUGACCCGCAACGAUUAGGGACCAAAGUAUCCAAGUCCAUUGGUAUAUUCACAGAGUCCCGUCUCCCCAACUGACAGCAGCAACGCGUCGAGCCUCGAGGAUACAUAACUCUGAAUUUUUGAUCAAAUAGCUUGACCUCAUUCUCUUGGAAAUUUCACUAUUGAACGUUUCAUUUUACAAGGAGUGUAUAACCAUGGAAGACAUGCAGGAGGAGACUCAGUUCGUGGUGGAUGAUGUUAGCAAAAUUAUAAAAGAUGCGAUCGAAGUCUCAAUUGGAGGUAACGCUUACCAGCACACAAAAGUGAAUCAAUGGACAUCUCACGUAGUUGAAGCCUGCCUGGGAAACCUAACUAAGUUACAGAAGCCGUACAAAUAUAUCGUGACUUGUACCAUCAUGCAGAAGAACGGAGCUGGCCUGCAUACAGCCAGUUCUUGCUUUUGGGAUAACGCAACAGAUGGAAGUUGCACCGUGCGUUGGGAAAACAAAACCAUGUACUGUAUUGUAUCUGUUUUUGGUCUGGCCAUUUAAAUUAUCAUGAAAAGCUAUCCUAGUCCAUCCAAAAUCAAAUUAUAUAAAUUUUUGUCCAAAAUAAUAGUUUUAAUUGUCUUAAGUUGUAGAGUUACAUACCUCAGGGAAUUUUAUUGAGAAAAUUAUUCUUUAAACAAGUAAGAUUCUACCAGCUGCUGCUUUGAGAGAGCCAUUCUCCUGUUGCAAAUGAACAAUUCAGCGCAUCAAGUCAGUAAAAUCAUUUUCUCUUUUGUUCCUGAAGUAUAAUGUUGUGUGUUUUUAUCGCUAUGAUUCAAACAGUCUCUUGGAAGUAAUGCGAAGUAUUAAUCACGUUGACAUUCGUGGUUGAAAGUUUUAUUCUGCUCAUUUUUUUGCUCUGCUUUUCUUCAAGUUGAUCUAAAUUCCGAAAGCUAAUAUGUAGGUGGCGUACGGUUAUGCUAAAUUUUAUCAAACGAAUGUGUUAAACUUUGGAAAUUGUGAAAAUGGUGUCUAAAUUUGAAUGUAAAACCGUGUUGCGUAAGCUGUUCAAUCAUUUGUAAAUAAAUAAAAAUAAGAAUUUUUUUCUUGUAAA